AUGGCUUUAGUCAAAGCUCCACCCACUAUCGUUCAUCGUACACAAUUUAAGAGCAGACCCAGUCUGAUAUCACUGGAUAAAGGCGUUUUGGAAUUCAUGCCAGAUGCUCCUACCCCUCCAUCAAGUGCCGAAUCCACGAGCAACAGUGGAAAAUCAUCUGGUCCUGAUGCUAAACAAUCGACACAGAAGACUUCUCUUGAGUCUAAGUUCUCUCAAAAAUCCGCGGGUAUAUCUCAACAUUCGUCUGAGAAUAAAAAAGCUCUUCCAAAGGCCUUGAAUCAAGCAGAGGGUAGUUCUGCCGAUGGUGUUCUCGCGUCCAUCACUGAGUCUGAUAAUAUUGAAUGUCCACAACCAGUCCCAACUGUAAUUACUGUUGAGAAAGCAGCAUCUGCUAAAGUUUUCUUCGAAACCUAUUACAAUGAGAUUACUGCCAAACCAGUAACACCUCGAUCUCUUCGUCGCUUGAACUUAGAGAAUGAGCUCUUGAAUGAUAUGGUCUCUUCCCCAACAGACAAAGCCGAAAGACGUCAAGCGUUGGCAACAGCGGAGACCAACCACCUUAGACAGACGAGAAAUAUGAAGCCUUCAAAUUAUGAGGUGGUGAAGGUUCUUGGAAAGGGUAGUUUUGGUGUUGUUAGACUUGUUAGGGAGAAGCGGGCACCAGGUACUAGCGAGUCGGAGCCAAGCAAAAGUAUCUACGCCAUGAAGGUUAUCAGGAAGUCAGAUAUGCUCCGGAAUAGUCAAGAAGGUCAUUUGAGAGCGGAGCGUGACUUUCUUGUUGCCGCCGAGGGAUCUAGGUGGGUUGUUCCUUUGAUUGCUAGCUUCCAAGAUCUUAACAAUUUGUAUCUUGUCAUGGAUUACAUGCCUGGAGGAGACUUUCUCGGCCUACUCAUCCGUGAUAAUGUUCUCUCUGAGUCCGUCACCAAAUGGUAUAUUGCCGAGAUGAUCCUAUGUAUCGAGGAAGCCCAUGCUUUACGCUGGAUUCAUCGUGAUAUCAAACCAGACAACUUCUUAAUAUCUGCUUCCGGUCAUCUCAAAAUCUCUGACUUCGGAUUAGCUUUUGAUGGUCAUUGGUCUCAUGAUCAAGCUUACUUUCACAAUCACAGAUAUUCGCUUCUCAAUAAACUUGGUAUUACCGUUGAGGGAGAUUCUCUUGAUAAAAAAGAAGGAAGGAGUGUUGCUGCAGCUAUGAAAAUUGCUCAUGUCAUGAUGGGUGGAAAAGAACGCCAUGAAAAGAAUUCGGAUAAUGCUUCGGAUUCAGAGAGUAUUCUCAAUUGGCGUAAUCGCUUUGGUAAUAGGACGCUUGCACGCUCGGUUGUAGGUACUAGUCAGUAUAUGGCACCGGAGGUCGUGAGAGGAGAGAUGUAUGAUGCUAGAUGUGAUUGGUGGAGUGUUGCUGUGAUUCUUUAUGAAUGUCUCUAUGGUCAUACGCCUUUCCUUGCCGAAGAGGGCGGAAGACAACAAACAAAGAUGAACAUCUUGAACCACAAGACAACUUUCCAAUUCCCUUCCCGUCCAUCUGUCAGCAGAAGAUGCCAGGAUCUCAUCCGUAGUAUGAUUCAAGAAAAAGAUCAUCGCUUAUGCAGCCGACGAUACAAAGCCAGAGAUACAACACUUGGCUCCAUGUCAUCACGCCGAAACCAAGACUACGCUGGUCGUUACGUAUAUCCCAACGAUGGAGAAGAUAUCAAAGCGCACAAAUGGUUCCGUGAUGUUCAAUGGGAUCGUAUUCACCUAAUGCCUCCUCCUUUCAUCCCCAACAUCAAGUCGAUGGACGAUACCCAUUAUUUCGACGAAGAGGAACCGAUUUCUGAUUUUUCGGAGUCAGUAACCGCGGUUACUCCAACGGUUCAGCAGAUUGCUGAUGCGCUUAAACCUUUUAAUCGCGAGAUUCAAAUUAUAGCUACGGGUUUUAUUGAGCGUCCUCAUGAUACGGUGAGGCUUAAGAGGGUGGAGAAGGAAAUUGAUCAGUUUAAUAUGAGGGAUGAAGAAAAGGAAUAUCUCAAGAGGUUUGUCAAGACAUUUGGGAAGAAGGAGAGGAAGAGGCCCAGAGAUCGUUUGUUGAGGGAUAAGGAUAUCGCGCCGAAGAUCUUGGAGUUGAGGAAGAAGGGGGCGUUUUUGGGGUAUACAUAUAGGAGGAUUGAUGCGGGGGUUGGCUGUGCGAGGUAUGGGAAUGGGGGAGGGGUGGUGGCGCAGGGAAGUUGGAGGGCAAAUGUUUGGCACCGGGCGAGGUUGAGUGUUCAUUAG